AUGGCUCUCCUUGAAGUGGCCUGCUUCAGUCUCGAAAGCGCUACCUUGGCAUCUACAGCGGGUGCGGACCGCAUUGAACUAUGCGCCAAUCGAGAGGCUGGAGGUACGACGCCACCGCUGGAGUGGCUCGAUGUUAUCAAGCAGACGGUCGCGGUACCGGUCUAUGUUAUGAUCCGGCCGCGCGGAGGCAGCUUCUACUACUCGGAGGACGAGAUCGAACAUAUGAAACACGAUAUAGCGGCGUUCAAAGGUCUGGCCGAUGGUUUCGUCUUCGGCCUCCUCACAGUUGAGCGCAGGAUAGACGUAUUUCGAACAGCAGACCUGGUUACAGCCGCAAGCCCGCUGCCCUGCACUUUCCACAAGGCCUUCGACGAGGCAGUGGAUGCCUUUGAAGCCUUUGAGGAUGUCAUUGCGACUGGCUGCCAAUGCCUGCUGACCUCCGGCGGUGCAUCGUCGGCACACGCCGGCAUCGACACAAUCGCACAACUUGUACGGAUGUGUCAGGGAAGAAUCACAGUCAUGCCAGGCGGCGGCAUUCGAGCCAGCAAUAUCGGAGCUGUGCGAGCAUUCACCCGGGCGUCGAUCCUACAUUCUUCAGCCGUGCCACACGGCGAGGAUCGACCAUCUGCAGAGGAGAUUCGGCGGAUGAAAGCAACGCUCAAUGUGGAAGGCGCUCAAAUGCCGUUACAUAUUGGUCCGCCAGCAUCGGAAGCAGGCCACAGUCCAUGA